AUGAUGGCCUUAUCUUAUAGAGAAUCUCCAGGGAAACUUCCCGAAAGCUCCUAUUUCCACGUCGACGAUAUACACUUUUCUUCGAAGGGCAAGUGUGAAUUCGUUGCUCGCUCUCUAGGAGAGUCUGAAGUAUCCACUGUGUUCGCAGAGCUAGAAAAGCAGGGACAAGCGACGGGAUCUAUCCGUGUGUAUAUCGAGGAAGUCGGCACCAACAAUGAUAUUCUCGAACGUCUCCGGGAGCAUCUGCACCAAUUUAGAGGGAUGGAAUUUUCAGGCAAAGAGAAUCAUGGCAUAGGUUUCUCUGCAGCCGCAUCGCUCUGGAGACCCGAGACCAAUCAAAACAGCUGGUACUUAGUUGAUGGGAUCGAAUUCGAUAGUUCGAAUGCUUUCCGGUCUGAUGACGUCUGGGAAUCCUUCGGCAAGGGUCAAUAUGCUAGAGAUGUUGACAGAGACUCGACUUGGAAAUCCUAA